GGUACUCGGCUAACCAUUUUCGGUUAUAACGGUUCCCGGGCUCUCGGCCAUAUUGAUGGGUCAGUUAGUCCGCGGAUCGUGCGACGAGUGCAUCUCCAAAAUGUCAUCCGCCCGGAGUCUCAUCAUUGCCACUGGCUUUCUGCUUGUGGCUCUUAUUCUGCCGCCAGUUCAUCCCAAUCCCAUUGCGCCCCGAGCCGAGGUGGCCACCGAAUUCAUUAUCCUCCACAACAAUGACAUGCACGCCCGAUUCGAGCAGACCAACGUGAACAGUGGCACCUGCUCCGAGGAGGAUGCCAACACGAAUCAGUGCUAUGGAGGCUUUGCCCGAGUGGCCUACGAGGUUCGAAAGUAUCGCAAGGAAGCUCAGGAGGGCGGCACUCCAGUCUUUUAUCUAAAUGCUGGAGAUACUUACACUGGAACUGCGUGGUUUACCAUCUUCAAGGACAAGAUUGCCAGUGCUUUCCUCAACAUGUUGUCUCCAGAUGCCAUUUCCCUGGGCAAUCAUGAGUUCGAUGAGAAUGUUGCUGGUCUGGUUCCCUUCCUAAAUAAUGUCUCCUUCCCCGUACUGGCCUGUAAUCUGAAUCUGACCAAGGAGCCCGAACUAUUGGCCGCCAAACAACUGGUCAACUCCACUGUUUUGGAGACUAAUGGGGUCAAGAUUGGCGUGAUUGGUUACCUGACCCCGGACACCAAAACCUUGGCAGAAAGAAACAAUGUGGAAUACAACGAAGAGAUUGUUUCCAUCAAUGCUGAAGCUGAAAAAUUAAAGGCCCAAGGCAUUAAUAUCAUCAUUGCUUUGGGUCACUCUGGCUACCUGAAGGAUCAGGAGAUUGCCAAGAACUGCCCAGAGGUGGACAUUGUGAUUGGUGGACAUUCGCAUACUUUCCUGGACGCCAGUCAGCCUGUGGCCGAUCCCACUGAUACCAAUCCCGAGGCGGUGCGAGGUCCCUAUCCCACCACAGUGGUUCAGGACAGUGGCAAGAAGGUGCCGGUGGUGCAGGCCUAUGCUUACACCAAAUAUCUGGGCAAGAUUCAUGUGCAGUUUGAUGCCGCUGGCAAUCUCAUCGAGUUCGAUGGUGCCCCGAUCCUUCUGAAUGCUUCCGUGGCUCAGGACCAGGAACUGCUGAACUUGUUGGAGGAAUACCGUCCUGGCGUGGAGGAGUUGGAAAAAACAGUUUAUGGCUACACCAAGGUGUUCCUUGAGGGCGGAAACAUCUGUCGGAUGAGGGAAUGCAACCUCGGCAAUCUGAUCACCGAUGCCAUGAUCUUUUCUCGAGUUCUGGAGAACAAGGGAGGCGAAUACUGGACGGAUGCUGCCAUUGCCUUGAUGCAGGGAGGAGGUAUUCGGGCAUCCAUUGAGAAGGGAAGCAAUGGAACCAUCACUGGCAGCUCCCUGCUGACCGUCCUUCCCUUCGAUAACGAUCUGUUUGUAACCCAGAUUCUUGGAUCAACGCUUCUUGCUGCUCUGGAGCAUUCGGCAGUUGUUUGGGAACAGGACUCCAAUGGCGGGUUCCUGCAGAUGUCGGGCCUUAAAACCGUAUACAACUUCAACAAUGCUGUUGGAAAGCGAGUGGUCUCCGCCCAGGCCCUCUGCGCCGAUUGCGCUGUUCCCGCCUACAAGAACAUCAACGAGACGGCCCUCUACAAAAUAAUCAUACCCUCUUUCCUGUUGGAAGGAGGCGAUGGGUUCAACUUCACCGAAGCAUCCGAUGGCUUCACCGAACGUCUGCUGCGGAAUGAUCUCAAUUCCACCAUGGAGUACCUCAAGCAGCGUCACUAUGUCUAUCCAGAGAUCGAGGAGCGGAUUGUGAUCCGGGAAAAGGCCGACACGGGUUCAGCUUCCGGAAUCGUGGCUUCUGUAACCCUGCUCCUGGUCUCUUCCCUGCUGACUAGGUUCUUCUAAACAUCAGAAGUUGAGAUUUAUCCAUUAGAGUGUAGAAGAAUGUAGACGGAGCUGUGUUCCUCCUGCAGUGCAAUCAGUUGAAGUACUUUUUAAUUAGGGAAGUCUGGUUGCUUUUUAGUUUUCCCUAAAAUUACUUAUUAAUGGGGUUAGCCAAUGCACGAAAUGAUGUAAACCAUAUGGCCAAUAAAUGUUGUUUUAAAAACGUAA